GAUACAAUUCGUCUCACAUUGUAAUCCAAAAAUGGUGGAUAUGAACAGGGAGGUGAAUAUUUGUAAGAAUGUGUAAUUAAGCCAGGUCUGAAAUUUGGAAGAAAAUAAAGUUGCUGUGGACCAUCGCAGUGAGUAGGAAAUUCCAUUCGCCCUUUAAUAUCGAAUCACGUUUUAUAACCGCGUUUUGGACGGACAUGAAGCCAGGAUCUGACGACUUUCUACCGCCGCCCGAGUGCCCGGUGUUUGAGCCCAGUUGGGCGGAAUUCAAAGAUCCUCUUGGCUAUAUAGCUAAAAUCAGACCCAUUGCGGAGAAGUCAGGCAUUUGCAAGAUCCGCCCACCUGCGGAUUGGCAGCCUCCUUUUGCUGUAGAAGUUGAUAACUUCAGAUUUACUCCUCGAAUUCAGAGGCUAAAUGAACUGGAGGCCCAAACUAGAGUAAAACUGAAUUACUUGGAUCAGAUUGCAAAAUUCUGGGAAAUUCAAGGUUCUUCAUUGAAGAUACCUAAUGUGGAGAGGAAGAUCUUGGACCUUUAUAGCCUUAAUAAGAUUGUGAUAGAGGAAGGCGGCUAUGAAGCAAUCUGCAAGGACCGUCGGUGGGCCCGUGUUGCCCAACGCCUUAAUUACCCAUCAGGGAAAAACAUUGGUUCCCUGCUACGGUCCCACUAUGAACGGAUCAUUUACCCUUAUGAAAUGUUUCAGUCUGGAGCUAAUCUUGUGCAAUGUAACACAGAUCCAUUUGACAGUGAAGAAAAAGACAAGGAAUACAAACCUCAUAGUAUCCCUCUUAGACAGUCUGUUCAGCCAUCAAAAUUCAGUUGCUACAGUAGACGAGCAAAAAGGCUACAGCCUGAGCCAGAACCUACAGAAGAGGACAUUGAGAAAAACCCAGAGCUAAAGAAACUACAGAUAUAUGGGGCAGGUCCUAAAAUGAUUGGCUUGGGCCUCAUGGCUAAGGAGAAGACUCUGAGAAAGAAAGAUAGCAUACAACCAGAUAAAGAAGAAGUGCCAUGCCCUGCAACUGUUGUAGUGAAGGGGGAAGCCAGUGAGUUUGGAAAAGUGACAUCUGACAAGAACUUAAAUCCCAGUUACGAACCUUGUACGGAGAUGACUGUGCAGCUACGGAACAAUCACAGCAGUCCCCAGUUUGUAAGGAUUCACUAGUGAUUUUGUGAUACUGUUUUUAACUAUCAAUAUUAGAGAGCACCUAAAAUUACUUCAUGUUUUAAUCAGUUAUUUUUUUGUAUAAUUUUACUGCUUUUCUUUUAUAUGUUAUAUAUUUUAUUAAAAUGUAUUGAGUCUCAUGUAGCCCAGGCUGGACUCUAACAUGUUACAUAGCAAGGGUGAUCUGAUUUAUCCUUUCCAAUACUGUGAUUACAGGUGUGGAUUUUGAGGCAUAGACCUCUGUAUUAAUUUUUAUGGAGCCAUAACCUUGUUUAUAGUUUAAUGAGUUAUACUGCUGCCCUUCCUCUGAGAUAUAAUGAUAUUUCAGAGCUAUGAUUCUGUAGUAUAAUUUGAGUCAGGGUGUGAUUUGUUUGGAGUCUUAAUAUUUCUUUAGUUUGAACUUUUUCUGUAAAGAAUAUAAUUGGGAUUUUGAUGAAUGUUGCAUUUAAUAUGCAGACUGCUUUCACUAAUACAGCUAUUUAAAUAAUACAGCCAUUUCCUUAGCCUGUAAGAUGUAUCUUUUAAUAUUUUUACCAAAACUUUUCUGUGCCUUUAACAUUUUCAGUUUAGGAGUUUCUCUUCUUUCCCGCCUUAACUGGGUUUAUUCUGAGGCAUUCUUUUAAGAUGUUGUAAAUUUUGUGUGCAUUUUUCUAUGUUCAUCCUUCACAUAUGUAUUAAUGGUGUAUAAAAAAGCUAUUGAUUUUCUUUUUCCAAAAUACAGAACAUAACAAUGUUUUAUAGUACUUGCAUAGUUUUACAGGAAGCGUUGCUCAUUUUUUUCUCAUUCAGUAUAAUGUUGUCUACAGUUUUGUCAUAUCUUUAUUAUGUUCAGAUGUUCUUUCUCUUUUUAGUUUCUUGAAGAACUUUAUUAUGAAGGUAUAUUGAACUUUGACAAAUACACUUUUCUCCUUGUUGAGAUGGUUCUUUAAUA